GGGACCUUUACCCGAGCAAAGAUGGCUUUCAAGAAAUCCGGGUGGGUGAAGUCUGGCGAAAUGCAAGCCAAAGCGCAGACGAGAGUCAAGCCGCUGGGGCAGGGCAAGAGCAAACCGUUGUCUGCCGCCAAGAAAAAGGAGAAAGAGGAGGAAAGAAAGAAGGAAGAGGCAGAGAGAGCGGCGGCUGUUUAUGCGGAUUUUGUGGCGGAGUUUGAGAAUCCGACGGCGACCGUGAAGGCGUUCGUGCGAGGGUCGACGAUCAAUCCGGAUACGAAAGAGGAGACUGUGACUUCAGCUGCUGGGUUACUGUAUGAGCCAGCAGCUAAACUGCACGAGGUACUCAGUCUGAACACGAAAGUCUUGAGCUCGGAGACCAACACAGCAUCGGCAGAGACUGGAUUUCCUCUCCCCAAACCGAAGAAGAUCAAAGCGAAGGAGAAAAAGAAGACGAAUCUUGAGCUAUUUAAAGAGGAACUGAAGAGAUCUCAAGAGGAAAGGGACGAGAGGCACAAGGUGAAACAACAGAUUGCUGAUGCUGUUGCAGUGACGGGUGACCCAACACCAUUUCUACCUGAACCUCUACUUCCUGGUCAAGGGUCAUUGGAUUUGGGUGACCCUCUCACCACAAAUCUUUACGUCGGAAAUCUUCAUCCCAAGAUGAAUGAGGAGACACUGUGUCACUACUUUGGUAAAUAUGGACCUCUUGCUAGUGUCAAGAUUAUGUGGCCACGGACGGAGGAGGAGCGAACGAGACAGAAGAACUGCGGCUUUGUAGCUUUCAUGAAGCGAGAACAUGCUGCAAAAGCUCUUGAUGAACUGGGAGAUAAAGAAAUUCUUGGCUUGCAACUGAAAAUUGGAUGGGGAAAGAGCAUUCCCAUUCCUCCAGCUCCUUUUUAUGUUCCUCCAGAAAUGCGAGAGCACCAGCUACCAGCAAUGCCUCCUCCACCUUCAGGACUUCCUUUCAAUGCCCAGCACAGAAAGCGACCUGAAAACACCGGAGAUUCACUGGAUCUUGAAGACUGUAUUGUUAGAGUUGUUAUUCCACAUGACAAAGACUUGCUGAGACUGAUCCAUCGAAUGAUAGAGUUUUUGGUUCAUGAAGGACCAGAAUUUGAAGCCAUAAUCAUGCAACGCGAGAUCAAUAACUCGUCGUUCAGCUUCUUGUUUGACUGUCAGAGUCCGUCUCAUGUGUAUUACCGUUGGAAACUUUAUACUAUUCUGCAGGGUGAAUCGGUUGGUCAGUGGCGGACAGAUGCAUUCCAAAUGUUUACAGGUGGCUCGUUGUGGCAGCCGCCGUCCGCCAGCCAUCAUAAAGUACCAGAGAGACCACCACCACGCGACGUGAGAGAGCCAAAGAGAGGAGAGCUAACAGAUCCUGAAAGAGACCAACUGGAAGAUACAUUACGAGGUAUUACUCCAGAACGUGUGAAAGUGGCAGAAGCGAUGAUCUACUGUCUCGAUCACUCGGAAGCUGCAGAAGAGAUCGUUGAUUGUAUUGUGGAAUCGUUGGGCAUUCUGCAGACUCCCGUUCCUAUCAAGAUUGCUCGCUUGUAUCUCGUAUCAGACAUUCUGUAUAACUGUAGUACGUGUCCUGUACCAAACUCAUCAUAUUACAGAAAGGGGUUUGAGUCUUCACUACCAGAAGUAUUUACUCACCUUCAUAACACACUAAAAGCGAUCACCGGCCGUAUGAGAGCAGAACAGUUCAAGCGACAAGUAAUGAACUGUCUACGUGCAUGGGAAGAGUGGGCCAUCUAUCCACCCACAUACUUAGUGACACUUCAGAACAACUUCAUUGGCAUCACAUUUGUUACUCCUCCCGAGAGCGACUUUGUGCCUGUGAAGUCCAAGGAUUUGGAUGGAGAGCCUCUGGAUGGUGUUCCAUCUGAUGACAUUGAUGGCGUUCCUCUUUCGAUGGCGACACCUGCUGAAGAUGAUCUGGACGGCAUGCCUAUUGAUGACGUCGAUGGCGUGCCCUUUGACGAAGGUCCUCCGGCCAAGAACAAUGAACAAGAGGCGUCAAAGUCGAACCAGCCGGUGAGAGGAUCGAGAUGGGAACGAGCGGAAGUCGGCGAUCCGAUCGACUCGGCGGUGCAGACGUCAUCAGUCAGCGAUAGCGUCGGUAGCCGAGGACACCAUCAGUCACAGGUUGUUGAUAGAUCGGGUGAUGUGGUGGGCGUCGGUUCUCAUGGCACGACGGCACUCAAGGCAUCGGUUCGAGAUGAGGAGAGACGUCAGAGACUUCGAGAGAUUGAGCUAAAGGUAAUGAAGUAUGCCGAUCAACUCGAGAAAGAGGGUGGGGCACGCGGCAACAGCAGCAGCAAAGUCAAAGACUACAGAGACAGACUACUGAAGGAUCUCGGCGGUACACAAGAGAGUGACAGUGAAGUGACCGGAGAUGCGAGCAGUUACGAUCUCUUCGCCGGGUCGGCGACUUCAACAACACUGCAGCAGCGGGCACGUUCACCAACUCGGUCGAGCAUUGAACAGCGACCUCGGUAUCGGCCGAGGUCGAAGUCGAGGUCACCUGGCAAGCGGAGACGAUCGCGAUCGCCGAAGCGGCGACGACAUUCAAGGUCAAGGUCACCUCGUUCAAGGCGGAGAAAGAGCCGAAGCCAAUCGAGAUCGAAGAGUCCGAAGAAACGGCGACGAAGCGAUCACUGAGCUGGUUGAUAGACACAAACUUUUUUUUCGAUUUAUAGUACUACUGUGUGAUGUUACGCUAUGCUGUCUGUUUGGCUGGCGGUGGAGAUGUGAUCUACUACUGUACUUUGAGUUCAUGAAUCUGUCGAAUGA